GCACUCCCUGCAAACAGGUGGAGUGCUUCCAUUAGAAAAGAAAACUAAUGAGGGAGCUUAUUAUCCUUCUUUUUAAUGAAAAGCAUAAUGAAGUGAACACAGCUUGUGGGCAAUGUGCAAAAGGAAGCUCAGUUCCCAAAGGUGUUGAUGUGCAGGAGGACCCCGAGCCUCUGCAGUCUGGUUCUAAAUAGGGCACAGCCCAGAACAUCUGAAGGUCUCUGUGGCUCAUGGGUGGGAAUCUCCUAAUGAUCUUAGUUAUUUUUAUACGUGUCUGCUGCCACAUGCUGCUCUGCCCCAGUGCAGAGAACAGCUCUGUGAGCACCCAGUGAGCGCACGGGGAGCUGGGCACAGCCUGGGGAAGGAGAAAUUAAAGGCAGCAGCAACACAAAGUCACGAUAUUCACAUCGAAUAGAGGCACGGAACAGCCAGGAAAAGAAAAAGCAACUGAAGGCUUUAUAAAGGAGCGCACAAGCAAAGGAAUUUGGAUUUUCUCUUCUCUUACGGAGCAAAAUGGGACAGCAGUUUACCAACGCUGAAGGGGAACAGACAGAGAUUGACGUUGCUGAGCUGCAGGAAUGGUAUAAGAAAUUUGUGGUUGAAUGUCCCAGCGGAACUCUCUUCAUGCAUGAAUUCAAGAGGUUCUUCGGCGUCCAGGAUAACCACGAAGCAGCAGAGUACAUCGAAAACAUGUUCAGAGCUUUUGAUAAGAAUGGGGAUAACACCAUUGAUUUUCUGGAAUACGUGGCUGCCUUGAAUCUUGUUUUACGGGGAAAACUGGAGCACAAGCUGAGGUGGACGUUCAAAGUGUAUGACAAGGAUGGGAAUGGCUGCAUAGACAAACCUGAGCUGCUAGAAAUUGUUGAGUCCAUCUACAAGCUGAAGAAAGUGUGUCGGUCAGAGGUGGAGGAGAGGACCCCACUGCUCACACCAGAGGAGGUUGUGGACAGGAUAUUUCAGCUGGUGGAUGAGAAUGGGGAUGGGCAGCUGUCCCUGGAUGAGUUCAUCGAUGGGGCCAGGAAGGACAAGUGGGUGAUGAAGAUGUUGCAAAUGGAUGUAAACCCCGGGGGAUGGAUCUCAGAGCAGAGGCGGAAAAGUGCUUUGUUUUGAGGGAGCCCAGUUUUGAUCUGGCUGAAGAUGUGAUGCAGACUGUGGCUGUGGCUCUCUUACUCCAGGGUGUAGUGGCUUUCCUUGUCAAUACAAUCUCAGCAUCCAGAUGAAAACUGCAGUGGCUGAAGAUGCUGUAUCUCACUCUAAACCCAUGUGCUGCGAGGACUCCUGGGACCCAGAGACUAUUUUUGGCUGGUGAAUAAGUCUCUGUGUGUACACAAUGCCACUCUGGGUUUUGGUUACACCCCGAGGAACAAACUUUCCAUGGUGAAGUGGAGCAGGAUCUGAGCAGCCUCUGGUCCAGGCAACAGA